UGACAUGGCAACAUUAGCUACAUGUACCUACUGUCCAAAAUAUCGGUUGUAGUGCGAGUGCGAAUGCGUGAAGCGCGAGUUUGCGCCGUGGCGCGCUCGUUCGGGCGGGCCCGGCGGCGGUCGGCGCCCGUCGCGCCCCCGUCCGCGCCGCGGAAGCGACCUCUUGCGCCAGCUCCACAGUCCUCCCUCCAGUUUACGUCCGGUGACCACGCUGCCGGACUCCGCCGUUUCUUACACUGCCAUCCAAUUGUUAUCAAAAAUCGUUCCUGGGCCGGGCGCCUUCAGAGAACUCGGACGCGAUCUUUCACCCUAACUACCACGCAUUUAUACAAUUUAUUAUACAUUACGAAUUCUAAAGUGAAAACAUACCUUAAAAUAGUCAAGCGCUUAAUCGAUCGACCGCAUUGAAAAGUAAAACUGUUAUUAUCGUUUUGCAGACGAGCUUUGCGGUUUUUGUUUCACUGCGAUAGGCGUUUAAUGCUUUAUUUACACACAUUGAGAUGUGUGCCCGAAUCUAAAAAAUAAACCAGUGCGUCGUCCCGUGCUUAGUUGACUCAGUGGAAGCUCAGGCUGUGUUCAGUGCGUUAAAGCUCAAGAGAGUGUCGUUGUCGUUUCUUUAUUUGCGCGCUUAAGCGAUUAUUUUUCCCUUUGUAUAACCUUUAUUUUGAUUUGCUUUAAUUGUGAAAAACGCGAUCCAUGCUUGGAGUUAUGACUACCAUGAACCAAAAAACUUUAAAACGUAUAAAAACAGUUCAGUUUCACCACUGUUCUGAUCAUUAAGCAUUCGAGAUUUAAUAUCCUCAAGAAACUAAAGAACACUUAAUUUGUGAGUAUUCGGAGAGACGAGUUACGCAUCUAUGCAAAACUCGGCAAUCGCUUUACUGGAGUCGGCCACGGCAUUCGAGAGGGCGGUGCUGGAAUGUGAGCACCUGGAGGCGUCCGAGCACGGGGGGUUCCGGUGAGAGCGUUGGCGCGGCAGCGGUAUGGAAGAGCGCGGGCCCCCCGAUGUGCCGCUGAUCGUGACGCCGCCGGGCGCGGGCGCCGGCGCGGGCGCCGCGCUCACCACCUCGCGGCGCACCGCAUCCGCGCGCGGCUCCCGCGACGACCAGCUGCCCUCCGCUUGGCGCUCCUCAGUCCGUGUGCGCGACACCGGUUUCCGCGGCUCUCGCAAGAGCGUCGUACGUCUUGAACCGCCCUGUAAUGGUCUCAACGGGCUACCCACUAUCGGCAAGGAGGUACUGUCACUGGGUACGGCGGCCGGCCACAAGGGAACUACUCAGCCUUCUCCCCCCUGUACCAUCCUUCACCAUUCUCCUUAUAAGGCCGCUUGGGAUUGGUUGAUCCUAAUAUUGGUCAUCUACACUGCAAUAUUCACUCCAUACGUGGCCGCGUUUCAACUUAAUGAGCCUGACUUCGAUAAGCGCUCGCGGGGCUUUGGCGAGGAUCCUAUUGUCAUUAUUGAUAUGAUCGUGGACGUGACCUUCAUAAUCGACAUUUUGAUAAACUUUCGCACGACGUAUGUGAACGUGGCCGACGAGGUGGAGUCGGACCCGGCCAAGAUCGCCAUGCACUACCUGCGCGGCUGGUUCCUCAUCGACCUGGUGGCCGCCAUCCCCUUCGACCUGCUGCUCUUUGGCACGGACACCGAUGAAACGACGACGCUCAUCGGUCUGCUGAAGACAGCGCGCCUGCUUCGGCUAGUGAGGGUGGCGCGCAAAAUUGACCGGUACUCCGAAUAUGGCACUGCCGUCCUUCUCCUGCUUAUGGCCACUUUUGUGCUUAUUGCGCACUGGCUAGCCUGUUUGUGGUAUGCUAUAGGCAGCUGGGAGCGUCCUCAGCUUCACGCUCCUAUUGGCUGGCUGGAUGCUCUCGCUAACGAUGUCCAAGCGACUUACGACAAUUCUACUGGCCCAUCUAUGAGAUCUCGGUACAUAACCGCUCUGUACUUCACUUGUACAUCCCUGACGAGUGUCGGUUUUGGCAACGUCGCUCCCAACACCGACAUGGAAAAGGGCUUUACAAUAUUCGUGAUGCUGGUUGGAUCUCUUAUGUACGCCAGCAUAUUUGGAAACGUAUCAGCGAUUAUACAGCGACUGUAUUCAGGGACUGCUAGAUAUCAUACACAGAUAUUAAGAGUGAGAGAAUUCAUUCGAUUUCAUCAGAUCGCGAAUCCACUUCGGCAGAGGUUAGAAGAGUACUUCCAACACGCAUGGAGCUACACGAAUGGCAUCGAUACCUCGAGCCUUUUAAAAGGAUUCCCGGAGUGCCUUCAAGCUGACAUAUGCUUGCACCUUAAUCGCAAUCUACUCGCCAAUUGUUCCGCUUUUGACGGUGCUAGUCCCGGUUGUCUAAGAGCACUGUCCCUGAGGUUUAAAACUACGCACGCACCUCCGGGCGAAACAUUAGUUCAUCGGGGUGACGUCCUCACCUCUCUUUAUUUCAUUUCAAGAGGAUCUAUAGAAAUUUUAAAAGAUGACAUCGUUAUGGCUAUUUUAGGCAAGGACGACAUCUUCGGUGAGAACCCAUGCGUGUACCCGACCGUCGGGCGCAGCAACUGCCGCGUGCGCGCGCUCACCUACUGCGACCUGCACCGGGUGCACCGCGACGACCUUCUCGACGUGCUCGACUUCUACCCGGAGUUCCGCGCCUCCUUCGUUACCAAUCUCGAUAUAUCCUACAUCAUGCGUGACGAAGAGUUGAGUGGCAUCGAGCCUAGACGGCGCAUGCGCUACGAGAACCCAUGCGACGCGCGUCUGUUGCGCGAGGCAUACGCGCGCAACACUCGACGGCCGCACACCGAGACCUUUGCCGAAAAGGUGGACUCGCAGUGCAGUGACGACGACACGGAGUCGCCGCCGAGUCGCGGCAUUCUGGAGUUCUCGGCCGAGAAGGCAGGCCAGGACGUCACCCCGCUCAACUUCAACUUCUCCAAGCAGCGCUCCACCACGCUCAACUCCAUCACGGGCAUGCUAGCGCAACUUAAACGGAGCUUCCCAGACCUGUACCACCAUAAAACACAUCAGCCGCUGCACAACAAGUACUCCCAAUCUACGCCGCAAACUUAUAGAAGUAGAGCAGGUGUCAGGCGGCAGUCGUCAGUGGGGCCCCUGAACGACACCUCGCCACUGACUGGCGGGGCGGGAGCGGGUACGGGCGCGGGGGAGGCGGCGGUGAGCACGCCCGCGCAUAGCGCCACGCUGCCCGUCUCCAGCCUCAGCACCAACCCCAGCUCCUACUACACGAAUGCGUCUCCCAGCCCGCCCGCCGUGCCCGCGCCGCCCGCGCCCGUCCACAUCUCCUGUGACGACAUCCUCACGCCGGCGGCGCCACCGCCCACUGCACCCACGCCCUCUUCUAGAUCUGCGCCUCAUUCCGCCCUUAACCUGCAUCAAGCCGGACGUCCUACAGCGCUCAUCUUCACAGCCGAACGCCAAAACGCCUCUUUACAGGAUAGUAUUUCACCUCAAUAUCAGAACGUGGGGACCGCGGCCACGGCCGCGUCGGUAGCGACGGUUCUGACGAGACUGGAUGAACUGAGCCGUCGAGUGGCCACACUGGAAAGCGGUCUUACCGCUGACGUGCGUCGGAUUCUGCACCUUUUGCAGACACGAGACCAGGCGACGCAUCAGAACUCUCAACCAGUGCACACUCCAGCGCAACCGAUUCAAAAGACUUCAUUGUCCGUGCCACAUGAUGAUCAAUGGGAUUGGAAUUGGAACGGUGACCGCGAGAAGGGUAGCUUACGGUGCGGUCGCGGCGAGCGCGGCGGGCGAACAGAACGCGAGCGCACGCCGGUGGUGCAGCGGUCGGCGUCUGAGCCGCAUGCGCCCGUGCCGCCGGUGCUGCCGCCACCCCCGCACUCGCACUCCUUCUAUAGGUAGUGGGAGGCAGGCGAGACGAGCGCUUCCCGCUGCCGGCGCUCGACGCGCUCGCUCGCCGAGUCCGCGUCGUGCGGCUCGUUGGCCGGCCUGCCCGGCGCGCCUGCGCCCCCGCUGCCACGCGCCCGCUUCCACUUCUGCAGGCGCAUCAUGCGCGCGCGCCAUGAUGACGCUCGCGGCUUCCUCUGAAGCCCUUCCGGCCCCCACCAUGGACCAAUUUUGUACUUCCAUUACAACUAAAUAAACACGUCCUCGCACUGUGCGAGCGGGUGGAUACACUCGUACCAAGUCCAUUUGUAAUAAAGUAUAUAAUAGUACUAAUAUAUCUCAAAAACCGAUUAGUACCUAAAUUAAAAAAAAACAUACAGUGAUAAUGCUCUGGUGAUGGUAGGCACCUAAAAAAAUCACGGGCUGGAGCUAAUUGAAGAAGCAUCUUUGUUAUGUGAUGUAACAGCAGAAGUGUUACGAUUAGUAGUGAAUAGGUAUUAUAGUACCUAAAACUGAGUUUUGUUUAUGUUUCGUUGGUUUUUAAAUGGCUUAUAAGAAAGCUCUUUACAAAAUAAAAUUAAGUAUGCAUACUGAAACGAAAUGACAAUGACAUAUACAAUAGCACUUAUUGGACAGUAUUAUCCGUCGACAUGGUAACCAUUUAUGAGGCUUACUAUAUACCAGCAAAAAAUGUAAAAGUUUCAAAUUAUUUAAGGUUAGGUAAAUACAUGUAAUAAUUUUAGAUCUCAGCUGAUCAGAAUGAGGCUAAUAAGACUGAGAGACUACGUAACUACCGUGAACUUUUCCGGAAGCGAGGAACUAUAAACGCUUUCUACCCGUCCUUGCUUCUUGCCUUUACAUAUAGCUAGGUAAAGUCUUCUUCUUUAUGGUAAUACUUACUUCAUUUCGCAUUAUAACGUAUACUCGUAUUACUUAACCAAAGAUGUCUUCAAAGCUGCUUACAUAGUCUAAAAUAUUAUAUGAAGAUAUGCUUUACUUCUAAACUAUAAUUUAACUGUCUAAUCUUAAAACCGUAUCAUCGGUAGUUAUGUUAUGAGUUAUGAUAACUGGUAAAAGGUACGUACAGACUCUAAGAGGCCACACAGACUUUUGCAACGCGCGUUAAAAAAGCGCUUGAAUUCGCCCGCACGCUAAAUUCGAUUUAACGGCCAACGCUUAAAGUCGAAAAUCCAACAACGCUUGAUAAAAAGCGCCACCGCCAUCGUGUGAAU